AUGCUGCCGUCAAUAUCUUCGUUGCCGGCUGCGGAAACGGCGGACGCCGUUGUGCCGCGCAAAGUACUGGGGCCAAAGCAGAUUCGAGACGCCGCCCAGCCUCUCACUACGUCCUCGCUGGCCCCGAGGCACGCCGACAUGCGCGCCGCGGGCACCUCCGCCAAGAGCCCCUUCACCCGACGGAGUGAAGGCAGAGACUCCUACGGCGCAAUGUGCCUGGUGGUCAUCGCCGUGGGAGUGGCCGCGUCCGUCGUCGUCCUGGUGGUUGCGUCCGCGGCCAUCAUCUGCGCCAGAAAGGGCUUCCGAUGCAAGCACUGCGGAUCGUCGGCGCUGGAGGAGCAGAAAUGGCCCGGGCCAUCAAUGGUCCACGAGGCGUAUCCUCCGUGGCUGCUGAAUGCGCCCAAGCAGCCUGAACAGCCGCAAGUCCCGGUAUUGCAUCGUGAGCAGUCUUGGGCGUCGACUAGCACGGUGGCGAAUAACCAGCACGAUGCCGUCUCCCCAACGGAUCCCCAGACGUGGGACGGAGCCCAGUACACUUGGUAUGCUGGCUCUCGUGAACUUGACACGGCGGUCCUCCGGGUCACUGACGCGCUUUGA